GCGGGUCUCCCUGCUGGUGAGGUACUCUCUUUAACAUUGUGAUCAGCCUCCAGAGGCUGUGCUUCCAAUGGCUUUCACUGCACUGACGCCCCACAUCUAGCGUCAUCAUGGGGGAGGUAGUCCAGAUGCACUUCACCACCGUGGACUACGUCAUCUUUGCCCUGCUGCUGGUGGCCUCCGCUGGCAUCGGCCUCUUCUAUGCCUUCUCUGGCGGGCGCCAGCGCACAACACAGGAGUUCCUGAUGGCUGACCGCUCCAUGAGCUGCCUGCCUGUGUCUCUGUCCCUGCUGGCCACUUUCCAGUCCGCGGUGGCCAUCCUGGGUGCUCCGUCAGAGGUGUACACCUUUGGAACUCAGUACUGGUUCCUGGGCUGCUCCUACUUCCUGGGCCUGCUCAUCCCAGCUCAUGUUUUCAUACCAGUCUUCUACAGGCUGCGGCUGUCCAGCGCCUAUGAGUAUCUGGAGCUGCGCUUCAACAAGACGGUUCGCAUAUGUGGGACGGUGACAUUCAUCUUUCAGAUGGUCAUUUACAUGGGGGUGGUGCUAUACGCUCCAGCCUUGGCGCUCAAUGCAGUGACGGGCUUUGACCUAUGGGGGGCAGUGCUUGCCAUGGGAUUGGUGUGCACUGUGUACACUGCUCUGGGCGGCCUGAAGGCCGUGAUCUGGACCGAUGUGUUCCAGACAGUGGUGAUGUUUGCGGGCCAGCUGGCAGUCAUCGUGGUGGGGGCCGGUCAGGCAGGGGGCAUAGGAGAGGUGUGGAGGAAAGCAAUCAAUGGCAGCCGUAUAGCUGGACUAGACCUGAACCCUGACCCUCUGGAGCGUCACACCUUCUGGACUCUGGGUGUGGGGGGAGUCUUCCUGAUGCUGGCCCUGUACGGGGUCAACCAGGCCCAGGUGCAGAGAUACCUCAGUUCACGCACAGAGAAAGAAGCCGUCAUGUCCUGCUACGUUGUUUUCCCAUGCCAGCAGAUCGUCCUGUGUUUAGGUUGUCUGAUGGGUCUGGUCAUGUUCGCUCGGUAUGGAGAGGACAGCCCUCUGGAUAAGGGCUACGUCAAAACUAAUGACCAGAUGGUGCUGUACUUUGUGAUGGAUGUGUUCAGGGACCUUCCUGGGCUCCCAGGGCUGUUUGUAGCCUGUCUCUUCAGUGGCGCUCUCAGCACCAUCUCUUCAGCCUUCAACUCCCUAGCAACAGUAACUAUGGAGGACCUGAUUAAACCUUAUUUUCCAAACAUGACUGAAGCUAAAGCCACACUUCUGUCCAAGGGACUCGCUUUGGCCUAUGGCCUGGUGUGUCUGGCUAUGGCCUACCUCGCCUCCAUAAUGGGAUCUGUGCUGCAGGCAGCCUUCAGUAUCUUUGGGAUGGUGGGUGGCCCCCUGCUGGGCCUCUUCUGUCUAGGAAUGUUCUUCCCCUGGGCAAAUUCCAUCGGUGCAGUGGUUGGAUUAGCAUCGGGCCUUGCCAUGGCCUUCUGGAUCGGCAUUGGCAGUUUUGUGAUGCGUAUGUCUGCUGCCACCCCAGUCCCUCCACUCAACACCACGGCUCUGCCUCUGUUCGACAACAUGACCACCACUGUCAUGACUACACUGGCCAGCGCCACCACUGCCAAACCGAGGCCGACAGGUGUGGAGGCGCUUUACUCACUGUCCUACAUGUGGUACAGCGCUCACAACUCAGCCACUGUGGUGGUGGUGGGACUGAUAGUCAGCUUUCUAACAGGACCUAUGAAGGAGAAGGAGCUGACCCCCGGCACAGUGUAUCCAGUCCUGGGCACGUUGCUCUUUUUCUUGCCUGAGCGCUACAGAGAGAAGCUCUGCUGCGUCACUCCUCUGUCUCAGAAGCCCAAAGAAAUCAACACGCAGCCUUAUCAGAUGGCCAAGAAGGACAGCAACGGAGCAGCUCACUGCAAAGACGACACGGUCACAGAGGACAAAGAGACGGAGAGCGACCGAGCACAAACAGAGGAGGAAGACCUGGAACCGAGGAUCGUUCGGCCUUCGUGCCAGCUGACGGCUCACACAGUCCAGGAGACGGCCUUGUGAUCACUUACUAACAACACACACAAGACACACACAUACACACCAUGAAUGUCAGUUGCUGUACUGUCGAGUUUCUUUAAGAGUGGUGCAGCAAAAGACACAUCAUAGACGUGAGGUGCGUCACUUAUUAGAAGGUCUGUAGGUGUUUUACACUCACAGAAUCAGCUGAAUGUUAUUAUAGAAAUGCACUUCAGUAUUUGUGGAGAAAUGGUGUUUGUUGGUACCAACUUAAACUUUUUUUCUCAAAAAACAAAAACUGGAAAUGAAGUUUUGCCAGGCUGAAAGAGUGCUUAAACCAGUCGGUUAGUCAGUUGAUCUCUAUUGGAGACUCUGAUACUUGGAAUCACACACAGGCUCUUUGGGUCUGUCCAGAUGUGUGCAGAUGUGCAGUUUUGAAGUUGAGAGACUGGGCAGCUCUGAUGCACAGUGAGCUGCUCCACUGUGACUGGAUCCAGUCAUUCUGUUUCAGGUAUUUGCAAGAUGUAAAAUGUGUUAUUUUUGUAGAGAAGAUGGAAGCAUAAAAUCCCAGAUUAUGUAUCAGAGAAUAUAAUAUAAAAAGAAAAUAUUGUCUAGAGAGACUGAACGUCAGUCGAAGGCAUGACAUGUCUGUGCUACUGUGAUAGUGUAGUGUCUUUUACAUGGCCUUGUUUUAAUACGAAUAGUCGCCUUCUAGCUGCUACUAUAGAUGUUCAUAAGAGUCCACAGAAGCUCAGCCGUGAGCUGAGGCGAGGGCAGAGAAGGCAUUCCAUGGGGGCAGCCUAAUUAGUUUCUCAUUCACCACAUCCCAUAUAAUUCACACUCGUUAGUUUAAUUUAUAGUGAGCAGUAAAUCAGGUUUCUCUUAGGUUCCUUUCACUUAGGAGAAUCAUUAUUUUGCAACAUAUUACAUGGUGGGAUUUUUUAAACAUUUGUCAUUCCAUUGUUGAGCCCAGUAUAUACAUUACAUUGCAUUUACAUUUACUCAUUUGGCAGACGCUUUUAUUUCAAGCGACUUACAAUAGAAGGACAACACUACAACUUCAUUACAGUAGUAGACCUUGGUGUAAGUACUAAGUAUCUAUUCAAUAUGUAUCAAUAGCAAAAUUUAAAAAUGGCUCCUUUUUAAAAUGUGUCAUGCCUGUGUGUACAUCGAGUAUCGGUCACUGUAAUGCUUCCUCCUGUCCAUACUGGUCAUAAAGAGAUCCUUCCUAACAAGAGUCCAGUGCCAGAACCCACAGUCCUCUGAGCUGAAGCUGAUCCGAGGCCUCAGGAGUAUGAGUUAGAUAAAAAGAAUAAUAAAAUGUGACUCUCUUUUAAGUUAGUUUUAACAAAAUUCCUCAGCAUUUCCUCAGAACAUUUGCUUGCUGAGUCAAGGUAAACGAAGAUAUCCAUUUAACCUGUCUAAUUCAGACUGCUGAAGCCUCAUGAGGCAAACUUUAAUAUAUAUAUUUGAGAGACAUUUUUCCACAGAACAUAUUGGAGUCAUGUCAGGAAAUGAUCUCUUCACAGCCAAGAGGAAUAAUUACACUGAACAAAAGACUUUAAAAUGCACGUUCAGACAUGUCAGUAAUGUUUUCAGACAGAUGUCUUAAAAAUAGUAAUAAUGAAAUGGACUGAUACGUCUGUCAUUUAAAGACGUGGUGGAAGGAGUAGAAUCUGUUGGGCAGGCGAGUUUGACACUCCAGACCAAUGUGCUGCUCACUGGAUCAAUCAGGAAAUCCAUGACAUCAUUUUGUGUGUAUUUGAAAUACACAGUUUUAUGGUUUUUUCAUUGUGUUCACAGUCACAGUGAACAUAUCUUAAACAGUGAUAACUAGAAUGACACUCAAUAGAGCAAAUACCUCAAUCAAUGCCAAACGACAAUAAUGUUGAAAAAUGUCCUGUCUCGCAUUUUUUUUAAAAAUAGUUCCUGAAACCGCCUUUUAAACAAACCAAACUUUAAUGGGUUCUUCUUUGGCCCAUGCUUCAUCCCUCCACCAAGCUUGGUG